AUGGCUUACACGAACGUCGCUCUCGUUGGUGCUAGUGGAAGCAUCGGUAAGAUCAUCCUUGAGGGCUUGAUCUCUGCCGGCGGAUUCAUCAUUACUGUCAUCUCCCGCAAGGAUAGUUCUGCUACUUUCCCAUCCGGUGUCGCCGUUUUCAAGUCAGAUUUCUCAGACAGCGAUCUCCAAUCUGCUUUCAAGGGCCAGGAUGCCGUCAUUUCUGCCCUUGGUGCCACUAAUUUCGGCAAACAGAAAAAGCUUAUCGAUGCAGCCAUUGAUGCAGGAGUCAAGCGUUUUCUACCCUCUGAAUUUUCCUCCAGUAGUCAAGAUACCGCUGUCCUUCAACUGCUGCCCCUCUUUAGUCAGAAAUCAGAUAUAAUCGAGUAUCUAAAGACUAAAGAAUCCGCUGGCUUUUCCUGGACAGGCGUUGCUACCUCUCUCUUGUUCGACUGGGGUCUGGGCAAUGGGUUCCUUGAGUACGAUCUUGCUAACAAGAUUGCUACUAUUUGGGAUGAUGGUGAUAAAAGCUUCACCCUGACAAACGAGAAGGAUCUUGGUGCAGCUGUUGCAUCGGUGCUGAAGAAGCCCGAGGAGACUUCCAAUAAGUAUCUCUUCGUCUCUUCCGUUGAAACAACGCAGAACGAGAUCCUAGCUGCUCUGGAAGAGGCUACUGGCACUAAAUGGGCUGUCAACCGCACUACUACCAAAGAACAGGUUGAGACUGCGCUUAAAAAGCUAGGUGCUGGCGAUUUCAGCGGUGCCUUCGCUCUAGUUCGAGCCACCAGCUUCAGCAAUACGCCCAAUCUCAAAUCGAACUAUUCUAGAGAUGAGGCUUUGUCUAAUAAUCUUCUGGGAUUGCAGCCUGCUAGUGUUGCUGAUACUGUCAAGCGUGUCAUUAUCUAG